AUGACGACCUUACUUCUCCCACUCGUCUUCGUCGUGCUUGCCACGAGUAUUCAGCACACCAAUCCACAGUUUGAAGGCCCCUUCUCAUCUGGGCCAGGUAUCCUAUCCGGGGGGGUUUCAGAUAACGAAAGGUUCACUAUCAACACCGACUACUAUUCCAAAUUCCCGGCCACAGGCGUCGUGAGAGAAUACUGGCUUGAUAUCACCAAUGUCACAGCAGCCCCUGAUGGCGUCGAUAGGCCGAUGAUGCUUAUCAAUGGACAGUAUCCAGGCCCCACAAUCGAGGCAGACUGGGGAGACACUGUCAAGGUUCAUGUACGGAACAGUCUGGAAAACAAUGGCACCAGCAUCCAUUUUCAUGGCGUCCGACAGUUUCUGAAUAACCAAAUGGACGGCACUGUCUCGGUUACCCAGUGCCCAAUUGCCCCGGGGACGAGUUAUACCUAUACCUGGAAGGCCGAGCAGUAUGGAACAAGCUUCUAUCAUUCCCACUUUUCUCUUCAAUCAUGGGAGGGAGUGUUUGGCGGCAUUGUAAUUCAUGGCCCUGCAACAGCUGAGUACAACGAAGACCUUGGUGUGCUAUUUCUCAAUGACUGGCCGCAUCGCACCUUUAAUGAAAUGUAUAUGGGCCAGAUCAGAAACCCUGCUACACCAGUGAUAGAUACUGGUCUUAUUAAUAUGACCAACGUUUGGGUCAAUAGUGGUGGUGAUACAGUUGGCCAAAGGUUCAAGACAGAGGUCGUCCCCGGGCAGAAGUAUAGGAUUCGCCUUGUGAACGCCGCUAUGCACGCUCAUUUCCAAUUCUCAAUAGACGACCACAACCUAACGGUUAUAGCCAAUGAUUUUGUGCCAAUCGUCCCAUUCACUACCAAUAACAUUCCGAUCGCAAUGGGUCAGCGCUACGAUAUUAUCGUCCAAGCAGACCAACCCGUGGAUAACUACUGGAUCAGGUCCGUUCCUCAGUCAGCUUGUUCUAAUAUCCCGACCGGUGACAACAUCAAAGGCAUUCUUCAUUAUAUGGGGGCAGAAGAUGACCGAGAGCCAACGACUGGUAAAUGGGAUUAUGGAGACGACACUCAAUGUCUAGACAGGCCAACGUCAGACCUUGUUCCCUGGGUCGCCCUGAAUGCUAUGAUCUCCAAUGCAACCAACAUUAACGAUGCAGUCGCUCCCACUGCCGCCGGAAGCCCUGGAAUAUUUCUAUGGACGAUUGGCGGCCGGGCCUUCAACGUUUCUUGGAAAGACCCUACCCUCCAACAUUCCCCCACCACCGGCUUAAACAGCACGAUCCCUGACCCGGGAGCUAUUGAACUCCCCCAAGCAAACCAAUGGGUUAUGUUCAUCAUAACCACUAACCAGGGAGUCCCACAUCCGAUCCAUCUUCAUGGCCACGACUUCUAUAUUCUCGCCCAAGGUGUCGGGCCAUUCUCCAAAAGCAUCCCCUUGCAGACCCAUAACCCUCCAAGACGGGAUGUCGCCUUACUGCCGGCCCAGAGUAACGGAGGGUAUUUGGUGAUAGCGUUUCCGACCGAUAAUCCGGGGGCGUGGCUUCUACACUGCCAUAUGGGCUUUCACUCAUCUGCAGGCUUUGUGCAGCAGAUUGUUGAGCGGCAAACUGAAUUCUGGAAAUUCCUGAAUCCAGAGCUCCUGAGAGGAACCUGCGAGGCAUGGGAUGAUUUUGCCGCCGUCAAUCCUUACGGAGUGCAGUAUAGAGGGACUAAUGGGCCGUACGAGUCUGGGAUGUGA